CAACGGGCAUCCACGGUCCCACGGCCUGCUAGUGCUUCAUCACCAGCUGCCUUCUACCCAGCGAGCCUGCAGCCAUGGCAUUCAGCGGAGUCUGGAAGGUCGACCGCAACGUCAACUAUGACAUGUUCUUGGAGCAAAUGGGCAUCAACGUCAUGAAGCGCAAGCUGGCCGAGCACGACAACCUGAAGCUCACCAUCGAGCAGAACGGGGACAAGUUUCACAUCAAGGAGUCCAGCACCUUCCGCACCAAAGAGAACGACUUCACCCUGGGCGUCCCGUUCGAAUACACCCUGGCUGACGGCACCGAAGUCUCAGGCGCAUGGGAGAUGGAGGAUGAGAUGCUGAAAGGAAAAUUCACCAGGAAAGACAACCAGAAGGUCCUGACCACCACUCGAGCUCUGGUGGAUGGAGAGCUUGUGCAGACCUACGACUACGAGGGAGUGGGCGCGCAGAGGAUUUUCAAGAAGCAGUAA